AUGAUUUCCAACCAUUUUGUUGAAGAUUACGGUUUUAAGAAAUUCGUGUCAGCAUUAAAUCCGUCAUACGAAUUGCCUUCCAGAAAGACCAUUUCAAAUACGUAUUUGCAAGCACAUUAUGAAGAAGCCUACAAUGAGUGCACAAACUUAUUAAAUAAAGUUGAAGCCGUCACCCUAACAACGGAUUGUUGGACCUCUAAAAAUUGUGAAAGUUUUAUGGCGGUUACAGCACAUUUUAUAAAUAACGACUUUGAACUUCAGAGUGUAUUAUUGGACUGUUCUUCUUUUGGGGAAACCCAUACAAGCGAAAAUUUGGCUAACGCGUUAAAAAAAAUUAUUUUGGAAUGGAAGUUGGACGGUAAAAUUUUGAUGAUCAUUUCAGAUAAUGCAGCGAACAUUUGCAAGGCUAUAAAAGAACUUCUAAAAAUUAAACAUUUCGGUUGGUACGCGCAUACAAUUAAUCUUAUUGCUCAAGAUGCGCUAAAACAGGUAUCUAAAAUACUAGAAAAAGUAAAGUUAAUUGUAUCGCAUUUUAAAAGAAGUACUUCGGCAAUGUCCAAACUUAUUGAACAACAAAGCCAACUAAAUACAAAUAAAGCCGCGAAGAAACUUAUCCAAGAUGUGACGACUCGGUAG